AUUCACUAAAUACCCGUUGUCAUUAAUCAAUGAGGAUUACGACAUACACGACAUUUCUAAGAAGAGCAGUACAUACCGUGAUGUCAAUGAAACUCCCCCAUUUUGCGGAGGGAGAAGUCGUGAAGGGGUUCGGGAGGGGCAGCAAGGAGCUGGGGAUACCCACAGCAAACUUCCCAGAGAGUGUGGUGGAGGAGUUACCCCCGGGGAUGCCCCUGGGUGUUUACUACGGCUGGGGUAACGUGGACGACGGUGAAGUCUACAAGAUGGUGCUAUCAGUGGGGUGGAACCUGUACUACAAAAACACUAAAAAAUCAAUGGAGACCUACCUGAUGCACACAUUUAAUGAAGAUUUUUACGGGUCAAAGUUGAAGGUCAUCAUGCUGGGAUAUAUACGACCGAUGAAGGACUUUUCAUCUCUUGAUGAGUUGAUACAAGCCAUAGAAAAUGACAUCUACAUCGCAAAAGAGAAACUAGAUCAGCCGGACAACCUUGUGUAUAAAACAAACAAUUUCUUCUCUCCAUCUGGUUGUAUACAGAACGGAAGUGUGGAAACAAGUGAACCAGUCAAAGAGGAUGGUCCCAGCCAAUCAAAUACUUGAUGAUGGAUUUUAUUUAGGGAUCAGCCUAUAUAUAUAUAUAUAUAUAUUUAAAAGACAACGAGAGAGAGAGAGAGAGUGAUGAAAGAGAGAAUAAGAGUUGAUUUUUUUAUCAUUUGUACUUUUGCUUAUUUCUGUAGGUGUUAAUCAGUACAUAUUUAAAUUAAUUGUUUUUGCUUGUUAAAAGAUUAUAUAAUAAUCUUGUCUAUUUGUAUACCGGUAGUCGUUAUUUAUUUACAGGUAAGUAAUCAUGGUAAUUGUCCAUUAAAACGAAAAUUAGAAAUGAGGUGACUGACACAGAAAUUAAUAAACCAGCUAUAAUCUACAGUGGUAAAUACAGUGGUAAAUACUGUAAAUCAAUAGUAUACCGUAUAAGUGGAAAUUUUAGCGAGAUGCAAAUUUAGCGAUUUCUCCUUAAAAACUGGUGUUUUAUUUUUAGCGAGAAGUAAUUUUAGUGAUUUUAAAAUGCUCACUAAAGAAGCUAGUACAAAUAACACACAAUUUAUUUUUAGCGAUAUUAAAUUUUAGCGAUCUCAACAGCGUCGCUAAUAAUGCCAAAAUUAAAUCCUCGCUAAAAUUUCUACUUAUACGGUAUUCAAGAUACAUGUAGCUGUAUUUAAGAUGUUGAUGUCCAACUGUAUAUCUCUCACAGAAUAGAAAGUUGGUAACUUAGGUGUAUCAACCUUCUCCUUCUGAUAACAUUUAAAUUUUUGUGUGGAUUUUUAGAAAAAAAUACAUGUAUAGUGUUUAUUAAAUCCCUAUUACUUUAUGAUAAUAAAAUCGUAUCAAUUUUGCUUGAAAACAUGAUAUAUUGAUAUAUGAGAGUGUUGAAACUACAUGUAUUUUGUGAAAUCUCCUAUUUUUCAAGUAUAUCUUUUAUAUAGCUUGCUAAUAUAUUUUAUUGUUGGCAAUUAUGCAGAGGGAUUCACGGUAUUACAUUUUAAUUAGGAUGGAAUCAGCCUUCAUAGAUUAUACAAAGUCGAGAAUCUUUUUGGCAGAUAUUCUAACAAUCUGUGUUGCAUAUCAUUUCUUUAUGGUUUGUGAUUGAUAAGUUGUCAAACUUUUCCUUGUUUCUUGUAAUCAAUUGGAGAACCUCAUUCCAUACAUGUUCACAACAUGCAUGGAUUGCUGCAUAAUUGUUUAAAAUAGAGGGUACAGCAACACGGGACUUAGUCUUGAUCAAAGUAUUUUUGUGUGUGAUAAUUGUUUAGAACUUACCAUUCCCUUUCAAUAUGUCACCAGUCAUUAUACAUGUAGGAUCUGUGGUGUAGCGUUUCCCGUGGAAUUCAACAAAAUAUUUAAUAUGUUCAUAUCUGCAUUAAUAUUUAUAAUGUUUGGUUCUUAGUUCAGGCAGCAUAUACUACAAAUAUUGAUUGUUUUUCAUUGUUUUUCUUAAUCUAAUCUAUGAGUAACUUACCUCUGGUGACAUCAAGUUGAAUUUCUAGCUACAAAAUCAGCUGAUUAACCUCAGAUCUUACUUUUUAAUGAUUAUACAUUGUAAGCUGUGCUAAAAUAUUCAAGUGAUUCAUCUUUUGUUCUUUGAAUUAGAAACUGUUUGUUUUCUUGUCUUAUUAAUGCAUAUACUGAAAAUCACUUUUUAUUCGCGAGAACUUUAUUUUCGCGUAAUUACGCGAGAUAGUGUGCUCGCGAAAAUUUCAUUCUCCCAUAUAAUUGCAUUCCUUAAGAUUACUGUAAAUCACUUUUUAUUCGCGAGAACUUUAUUUUCGCGUAAUUACACGAGAUGGUAUGCUCGCAAAAAUUUCAUUCUCACGUAUAAUAGAAUUCCUUAAGAUUAUAUAGAGCAAUGACCACAAUUCGUGAAAAUUUUGUCUCGCUAAUAAAGCGUAAAUGACUAUCUCGCGAAAAUAGGGUGUCGCGAAAAAUAAGUGAUCUACAGGAUAUAGAGCAAUAACCAGAAUUCGUGAAAGUUUUGUCUUGCUAAUCAAUAGUCAAUGAUCUCGCAAAAAAAAGGUGUCGCAAAUAAAAAGUGAUCUACAGUAUCGAAGUAAUUUAUUUUGAAUAAGGUGACAUUUUGUUUGUGUUACAAAGAGACAGAGUAUGAUGAAAGUUUUAAUUGUUUUAUAGGUAUAUUUACUAGCUGUCCACGUUAAUGAACACUUAAUUAAAAAUGUUUGAAGAAAAAUUUGCAGCCUUUGCCUGUAUGUUAUUUUUCUUAAAAAUUCAACUAAAAAAGCUUGAAAUUUUAAUACAUCUUUAAAACUUUGAAAUGUAUUUUAAUAUAAGGUUUGUUAUUGUACUUUACUCUGAGUUGCUGUUUGAUCUUUUGAAAUAUUAAAAAU